UCCUAUUGUUGCCGGAAGUGACGUUCGGGUUCGGGGCUUAAAGGGGACGCACUUUUACCCCCGCGUGUACGAUUCGCCAGAGGCGCCCAGCUUCUCCGUCUGCGGCCCGCGCCCCUCUGCAGCCCCCGGCCUCGGCGGCCUCCCGCUCGGCCUCGGGCCGGGACCGGCCUUGGAGCGGACGCUCAGCGGGGUGAAAAAUUAGAUUUCAAAGGCUGAAGCUGAAUGUAAAUGUUAAAUAAUGGCAACUGGUGACUUAAAAAGAAGCUUACGGAACCUAGAGCAAGUGCUUCGCUCUCUAAAUUAUCCUAAUGAGGUGGAUUGUAUGGGCUUGGUGAAGGGGGAUCCGGCAGCAUGUCUGCCCAUCAUCAGCUAUUCCCUCACCUCAUACUCACCUUACGUAGCAGAACUUCUGGUGGAGUCCAAUACAGAGCUCGUGGCAAAGAACGACUUGCGCUUUGUGGAUACUGUCUAUAAGCUUCUUCGUGAUCAAUUUAAUUAUAAACCAAUCUUGACAAAAAAGCAGUUUCUCCAGUGUGGGUUUGCAGAAUGGAAAAUCCAAAUCAUUUGUGAUAUUUUGAAUUGUGUGAUGAGAAAGCACAAGGAGUUAAAUAGUCUUGAGAAGGCUCCAUCACAACAUAGAAAGAAAAUCAGUUCUGGUAGGUCAGCACCUUCUUCAAGCAGUGAGAAGACAUCUACAGAAACGGUUGGCGUUGACAUUGGUGGCAGGUUUAUGACUUCAGGGAAGAAGAAAGCUGUGGUGAUCCGUCACCUCUAUGACGAAGAUGGUGUUGAAAUUCCUGAAGAUGCGCGAACUGCAGAUACAGAUGUUAAUGAAGCAUUUGACGUGUGUGAUGUACAGGCCACUGAAAUAAAGAUUCCUGAAGGAAAGGAAGCUGAAAUCAAGUCUGAGCAACAGGGCAUAAAAGUUCAUCCUGAGAUUACUGUACUGCAGACCCGGCUUGCUGACUGCGAGGAAAAGCUUAAAAAACUGACUUGGAUAGAGAGUAGAUUAGACUCUUUGGAAGAAAAAGUGAAAGGAAAAAUACUGGUAAAUGAAAAAAGCUGGAGUAAUCUUCUAAGUCGUGUCACUCUUCUUGAAACAGAAAUGCUUUUGUCUAAAAAGCGCAGUGCAUACAGAGAGUUCAGUGAGGUGAAUGAAGACUGUGCUAGUACCGACAUGGAUAUUCUGAAUCUUGAUAGAAACAAAGAGGAGGGGCAACCAAGUAUUCCCCUGCCCUCUGGCUGCAGUGCAGUGUCACCAGAUUCAGCUCCCGGAAGUUCGGUUGUUAAUUACUGUGGUUUGAAAGGAAUUUCAGAGGAAACAACAAUGCAGAAAAUUGAAAGGAUGAAAAAAAUGUUUGAAGAAACUGCAGAGUUACUGAAAUGUCCAAAUCACUAAUGACAAAAUUUCCUGCAUGAACUUCUUUAGGACUUGGCUACUGUCCAUGUUGUAUAUUUUAAGAAUUAUCUACAAAUUUUAAUAUGCUGCAACAUUUUUUAGUAAGGAUAUGAAUUCUACUUGGUAUCUGAGCUUUUUUUCAUUCAAUAUUAAAUAAAUAAGUAGUUUUGCUCUA